CAAUGAAAACAAUGUGAUGGAACAUAAUCAAUCAAUUUUAUGUCAAGAAGUUAUUCAAUGUUAUACCUUACAUCCUUGCCAAUUCUGAAUCGUGUCAAUAGUGUAUAUUAAGCAUUGCCAGUAGCUAACCUAAACACCUCUUUUCCCCCAUCAAUCUCUCAGGUGAAGGACAUCUCACUGGAGGCCACAAGAGCUUUGUGAAGCCAGCAGGACACAAUACAUGGAAAGAUGACCAACCAAUCACUGUUGAUGAGGGGAAUGGAACCUCAACCCAGCACGUUAUCAUCAUAGAGUCUGCAGAUGCAGAGGCUGCAUGUCCUGGGGUCAAGCUGGAGAGGUCUGAAAGAGAGGAGGACGCAUGGCACAGCAGAGACACCCAGACUCGAGUGGUGGUAGAGCCCCAUGUAGCCAAAAAGGGCCCCCCCACCAUCGCCCCAGCACCGCCCAGGACCCGACACAGAAUCAAGGAGGUGAAGGACAUCUCACUGGAGGCCACAGGAGCUUUGUGAAGCCAGCGGGAUACAAUGCGUGGAGAGAUGACCAACCAAUCACUGUUAAUGAGGGGAGUGGAACCUCAACCCAGAAUGUUAUUGUGAUAAAGUCUGCAGAUGCAGAGGCUGCAGGUCCUGGAGGAUCGUCACUGAACAAGCAGGAGAGGACUGAGGGAGAAAACCUACGACACAGAGACCUCCAGACUGGAGUGCCCCCUGUAGCCACAGAGGACCUGGCUCAGAGUAUUUACUUUACGGUAACCCGAGCCCGAGGACAGUUCCUUCCCAUCGGGACUCGGGUGACACAUUAGGGACUGGCAAUGAUCCGUAUUGCUCUUACACUACAGAGAUGGACCCUGGAAACAUGCCCUUGGGUUUAGAGACACAGACUGAUCUGUGACGAGGAGAUUGGAAACCGGUACAGUAGAAGUGUAUACCCCGAAGGGUGCCUAGAUAAGAAAAGGGAGGUUAUAAUCGUAGAUGAGGUGACUGUGAAAGUUGAGGGCGACAUGGAAUGUAGAGAAGGACACUCGCAAAACAGAGAUUUCUUAGAUUACAGGGAAAGCUUUGAGACAAAUCCAAAUGUCGUCACCUACUCCCUUUAACACACGCUCAGUGUCCACAUCGAUGGGACCUUCCAAUUCACAGGGCCACAUACUUUUCGAUCAGGUAUUGAACUCAAACGACAAGACUAGACCCCAGGCUCGGCGAGGGGGUUAAACAUCAGUCAAUAGUUAAGAGACGUGGUUCCUCUGCAUGUUCUGUAACAAAGGCUUCAGCUGCCCCCAGCAGGUGGGGAUCUUCCAGAGGGUCCACACAGGGGAGAAAUCCAUCAGCUGCCCCCAGUGUCACAUGCGCUUCACCCAGGCUGGCAACCUGAAAAUGCACAUGAAGGUCCACACAGAGGAAUGAGGCCGUUCGCCUGUAUGCUAAAUGGAGGAGGAGGGUCCAGAGGUGCUGCUGGUGAAGGAGGAGGGUUGUGAGAGGGGUCUGGGGAACCCUGAGGGGACCAUGGUCAUGGAGGACAGCCGGACUACACCUCCUCUUGAACCCACAGAGGAACCAGCUAAGCAGCACAGGACCACACACAGUCUCACUGAGUCAGUAGACAUGGAGGAUGGGAAGCCUGAUCUGCUGCUGGUCAAAGAGGAGACUAUAGAAGAUGGACCAGAGAGCAUUGAUCUGCUGAGUGGAUUAAAGAUGAGGGAGCAAGGUGAUUGGAUGGAGGCUAACAGAGGAGACUGGACAGCCAUUUUGAAUUCCCAGACCGGUGGAGCCAAGGGCCUACGGAACAACAUCACUGAGCAGGCCAGGACCAGAGGCGACAAAGUGGAGUCUGCAGUCCAGGAGAGCCUGCUGACAUCCGGUGUUGCUGGGGGGAGAGACUGGACCUCUGAGGUGGCUGGUCACAAAGCCUGGCCCCGGAUCAGAACCCUGGAUCAGGAGCCUUCGCUCUUCCUUCCCGAGUCGGAACCAGGACCCAACCACGAGGGACAGAGACUCCGCCACACAGAACACAACCAGUGGACAGGUGGACUGAACAACAGUCCUGGUGGUCAUCAGAGAGACCGAGACUCCAGUCAGGGAUCCAGUCCGCAGCCCAGACCCUUCUCUUCACAGUCUCAGUGCAGGGAUGAAGCAGGGCCUGGGGCUAAUAGAAAUAGACCCUCUUGUUCCUAUGAUAGAAACACCACAGUAUCCAUGAUGGACAGAGCAGGUCAUCAUGGGCUUCAGCCUUCACAGAGAGUGGUGGGAAACCCCCCUGGUGGGAGUAUAGCAGGAAGUCUUUCCUCUCCAUCAGGGUCUUGUCUAAUGCCUGGUGACUGGGUUCAUAGAAGGUCUGGACCUGGGUCUAGCCUUCCUCAGCUACCUCAUGGUUACCCUACAGACAGGGUCAGGUUUGGCGUUCACCACAAGCGCUACCUAGCCUCGGACACAGCACAGAAUCCCAACAACACCCAAACAAUGGCUAGAGGUCAAGGAGGGAACUCAAAGACGAACCACCUGAGGGUGGUGGCUCCUGCUUCUACCUCUAGUGUCAUUGGGUCACAACGUGGGAGGCCGAGCAUUAGGACUGACGCCGACAAGCCGUACACCUGCCCCACGUGUGGGAGGCGCUUUGCUAAAGCGAGCUAUGUGAAGAUGCACCAGACAGUUCACACCAAGGAGAGGCCCUUCAAGUGCAAACAAUGUCACAAGAGCUUCUCCUUCCUGACUAACCUGAUCAGACAUAGGAGUGUGCACAAUGGGGAGAAAUUGUAACCAUUCUUUAGGUGACAUAGUUAUGUGAAGAGAGUAGCCACAUACCCCUCAUUAAAACUUGAACUUGUCAUUUGAAACAGGCUUGCGUAAACUGUUUUUAGAGAGACAGUAAACCUCGGCGAGAACGAGGACAGUUAAAUAUUUACCUUACUGAGGUGAUGUAGAUGGAAUAAAGUCAU